CAACUUUUGAUGUAUUGACUUUUGACUACUUGUGAAAACAACAAUCAAACAUUUUCGAUCUUAAAAUAUAAUCGACAAUAAUGUUAAACGGGAUGAAGAUAAGAAACUCAAGUUAUUCAGAUUUUAGAAACUGAGAAUAAGUUGCAAAUUAAUUUAUUAUCUACGAUUUUAAAAUAUAAAUGAGCAAAUCAAGCGUGGACAUGUGCGGCUUGUAACUUGCUUUUUUUAUUUACUGUAUUGAAACGUUAUAUUCUACGAAAUUAAAAACAUUUACGAGAAUAAUUUAAUUCACGGGAAGGUAUUAUUUAAGAAAUAAACUCAUCGAAAAACGUUGCAGAAAACAAACAAAUAGACAUAACCUGUAAACACAUCGAGCUGCAAGAUGGACAUGAAGUGAUUAACAUUUAAAUAAUAUAUUUUGUGUUGUCUAAAAAUUGAUUAAAAUGGCAAACGCACAAACUUGCGAAGUUUGUAGAGGUACGAGCUUUGAGAUUAUAGAUGGAAACUUUUUUUGCAUAAAAUGUUUCACUCAAAACGACAAUAUACAAGAAAAUGUGCGAGAGAGGUUCGACGCAUCGACUCGGAUUAGAUUUCUUGGCAAAAUGAAGCAAAAGUCUGAUAAACCAGUUGAAAUAGAUGGAUGGACGUCUUGGGAAUUGUACAACUUCAUUUUACACGGAAUAACUAAUGAAGCUAUUGAACUCGGAGCUUCAUCAGCAAUCAAAUUAACAGUAUUACAAUUAUGGGCGACUUACUUGGGAAGAAUUGAAGUUGCAUUUACUUCAACGAAGAAAAAGUGUGUACCAAAAUUAGCACGGAAAUUUCACAGAAGGGAUGCUGAAAUUAUUUACGGGAGAAUAAAGCAGAGUAAAAAGAGAAAGAGAAGAAGAGGCAGUACGAGUGCUUCAUCAAUGAUUUCUAGUUUUCAAAGCGCAGGAAGUGUCUCGUCUAGGUCAUCAAAGAAAAAUAUAGAGAAACUCUUGGUGGCAGAAUACGAUAAAGCGAGUUCAGCAAAUGAUUCAUUAAGCUCAUUCUCAGCGAAUCAAAGUUUAGUCAGUCUGCAGUCCAGCUUUAGUCAAGGUUCCUCUACUAGAACGAGAAUGAUGUUCAACAAAGGGGCUAUAGAAGAAAAAAAGAAAGUAAAAGAAUUAUCAAAGAAAGUUUCAUAUUCCGAACGUAGGAGAUAUAAAAAACACCACAUAACUACACAGUAUAAACAAGGACCGCAAGUAAUUACACCCAUGAAAUUGUGGGUGAUACUCUACUUGGCUCUGAGAAUUCACGGACAAAACAUACACCUGUCUGAUAUGCUACGAUAUGGUCGAGAAGGACACUUAUCUUAUUACAAACUUGAUAACUUACUUCCUCCCGAAGUUUCUAUAACGAAGAAGGAUAUAAAAAUGUUAUCCCAAUCCACUGAAAUGACACACAAGGGAUUCAGAAAAGUCGCUGCGGGUGUUGCACAAUUUCUGGACGUUCAACUUGACCUGCCGGAUUUCUCAACCCUAAUCGAGCAGUAUUGUCAGGAAUUACAGCUUCCAAGGGGAAUUUUACUGUAUGCGGAAAAACUGAUGGCAUUGUCUCCUCCAAAUAUGAUUUUUGACUAUAAAAGUUCCUGUACGCCAAACUAUGAAGGCAGAGCAAUGGCCUUUAUUGUAGUUGUAUUGAAAAUUCUAUUCGGCAUGGAUGGAAUCACCGAAUACGAAAUCAGUAGAGUUGCUGAGAAAAUAAACAGGGAGGCCAGCGAAAGAGGAGUUCUUCUUUCGAGGCUCUUUAGUUUUCGCGAAUGGCAGCGUUUCAUUGAAUGCCGUCGGAGUAUUUUGUCAAAUGUUCAUUUUCCAACUAAACUUCGAUAUGACCCUGAAUCUCCCGGAAAUACUCACUUGUACCUCAGAUUUUUAGGACUCAUGCAGUCCAAAAAAGAGGGCGAACCACCCAGAAUCACUGAUUACAAGCACCGUAUUCCAGAACUUCUAAGUAGCGGAUUCCAGUCGUGCUUUGACGCAUUAAAUGAAAACAUUCCUCCAGUGGACGAAAUUACGAUAUUUCCUCCAUCGUUAACGCCACAAUUUUCUUACAUUCAGCAUCUCAUGACCGACCCUCUUAAUGAUUUGCCUGACAUUCUUAGGGUAAAUUUUUUUGACACCAAAGUUGGAUACACUACGAAACCGGAAUUAUUACAGGAGCUGGCUGCACAAUGCGACAUUGAACUUACGCUGGCGGACACCAGUUUGCACUUUAUCGGGAAAAAAGUAUCGGAAUUUGAGCAAUCAAGAAUUCCAAGCGUGCAGAGUUUGAGUGAGAAGGUAAUAAUCCAAUAUCCCGAUGAAAAUACAAAUGUUAAAAGCGAAAAUCCAUUUGAUUAUCUUCACAGAAAAACUGCAAGUGAAAUUACAGUUGAUAAAAAUAAGAAAAAGUACUACGAUAAUGUUAAGUUUGAAACUAGCGAGAGUCCAGAAUUCAGUUUUUAUGAUGAAUUCUUGUUCGAUCAAGUUGGAGAAAAUGGAAAAUUGUUACUUCCAGUCGACAGCGGCUCUGGAAAUGAAAACCUUGCUGCUUCCGUGGGUAAAAUUGAUUUAGCACCCUUGGAAAAAGAUUCUCUUUUGAAAGAACAGUUUUGUAAAACGUACAAUCUCAGCUUAUCGAAACGCGAACAAAAAGCUGCGAUGCAACCUGACGUUGUUUUAAGUAAAAGACGCCAUGUGCAAAAAACCUUUAGUCGCAAUGAUCAGGGAAAAUUUGUGAGAAAUUCUAAACGCAAAUCGCGAUGUCAAGAGCAUAAAUAUCUGGAAGGUUAUGUUAAGUGUGAGUCAGAGCAAGAAAGUGUCGUUUCAGUUUCUGAAGAUGAAGAUGUUGAUGAAAAUCCUAUUGAUGCCGAAAUUGAAACUAAAAUUUUUAGACCCUUCAAAGAUUAUUGGAUGUACAAUUGUAUUUUCAGUCGUGUGAAACCGAAAAACUUUGAAUUAUUUGAGAAGGAACUGCCAGUCAGUUUUCGUUGGUUGCUGCGAGAAUGCGCUGACGUUACUGAAAUGUCAACAGAAGAUUUGUAUGAAGAGAUUUGCCUCGUAGAAGCUUAUUAUUCGCACAUUUUUAAACCUGAAAAUGAGAAAAAGAAGAGGAAGAAUUCGAUAAACACGGCGUAUCGUAAUACUAUUUUAAAAAAGUGGUGACAACAAUAAAUUGUAAAACUUAAAAGACUUUGUCGGCUAUACGUGUACAAAAAAAUCUUUUCGAAAUAGAAAAUAAUCAUAAAUUUA